AUGGACUUGACCGCAUCUGGACCACCAAUCUCCGAUGAUGAGACAGAUCUGGAGACCAGGGACAGAAAAUACAUAAUUUAUGCGAAGCGAAUAUUGCCCCAUGUUGGACUGGUUUGCUUACUGUUUGCCUACCUCCUCAUCGGUGCCACGAUUUUCCACGCUAUUGAAGGUCCGAAUGAACUCGUGCAGCGGGAUUACGAGCUUCGAACAAUCUUUGGUUUAAGGGACGACUUUCAGGAUCACAUCUGGAAUAUAACCCAGGAUGUUGACAAUAGGAUCUCUCGAGAAGCAUUUAACUCGAUAAACCAAGAGUAUUUCGAGCAAUUAGUUAAAAACAUAUUUGUAUCAUAUAGAAACCAAUUUAUCAAUGAAAAUCACCUACUGAACAAAACCCGAGGCGGAGGAUUGUUGUGGACUUAUCCCAAUAACCCUUUCAAAAAAGUAUCGCUUCCUGACCAUUUGAAUGAAUUUCCAGGUUAUGGCAACCUAGUCCCCACUACCACAUCAGGAAGAGUGGCGUGUAUCAUUUUCGCCUUGUUUGGGAUCCCUUUAUUACUGGUAACAAUUGCCGACAUUGGAAAAUUUUUGUCAGAGUUCCUUAGCUUCCUGUACAAGUCCUACCGAGCUUUCAAGCGAAAAGUGAGUAGUUUGAAGAACAUUUUCGGAUUGUUUUUUUUCUUUCGUUCAUGUAUGUGUUUACCUACGUAUUACCUACAGGAAGCACUCGCCACCAUAACCCUUAAUUUUUCUAAUAAAGUUAUUGGCUUAACAGUUGAUAUUUCAGUUGAUCGCGAAUCGGAGAAACAGCUUAUCCGAUGUGGUGAGGCGUGUUGAGC